CGUGGACGGGUGAGAUUGAGAGAAAUAUAAUAAGAAAAUGGAAGAAGAAGCGGAGGAUUGAAAUAACAUUUAUCCAAGGCCGAUAAAUGGAUAGUGUUGGAUUUAGUCGGUCUUCUCUCUUUCUCUCCCACCUGCGAAAGCAAAGGGAGGAAAAAAAAAAAAAAAAAGAAGAAGAAAGGAAAAAACCACGAAAUUUGCUUUCUUUGGACAACCAAAAUCUAACCCUAAUUUCUAGUUUCUUUUUUCGAUCGGAUCAUGCAACUUGGAUCCUUUGAUCUGGUUGAAUUUGAGUUCGAUUUCUGAAAAGCGGCGGCCUUUUUCGAUCGAUCCGGCGGCGGAACGAUGACGCGGCGGUGCUCACAUUGCAGCCACAAUGGUCACAACUCUAGGACUUGUCCGAAUCGCGUUGUGAAGCUCUUUGGAGUCCGAUUGACCGACGGUUCCAUCCGGAAGAGUGCUAGUAUGGGGAAUCUCAAUCACUAUGCAGGAUCCGGGUCGGGUGCUCUACAAAGCGGGUCCAACAAUCCGGCUUCUCCCGGAGAGACUCCUGAGCAUGGUGUUGCGGCUGACGGAUAUGCGUCGGAGGAUUUCGUUCCUGGCUCCUCUUCUAGUUGCCGUGAGAGAAAGAAAGGUGUUCCAUGGACUGAGGAAGAGCAUAGGAUGUUUCUAUUGGGAUUACAGAAACUUGGAAAAGGAGACUGGCGUGGGAUAGCACGUAAUUAUGUUGUAUCUAGGACACCUACACAAGUGGCAAGCCAUGCUCAAAAGUAUUUUAUUAGGCAGACCAAUGUAUCAAGACGAAAGAGGCGCUCCAGUUUGUUUGAUAUUGUUGCUGAUGAACGUGUCGAUAAUUCCAUUGUGCAGCAAGACUUCCUAUCUGUCAACAGUUCACAUGCUGAAUCGCAAAGCAAUAACCCAUUGCCUACACCACCUACUGUGGAUGAAGAAUGUGAAUCGAUGGAUUCCACCAACUCAAAUGAUGGAGAAACAGCACCUGCGGAGCCAGAUGGCCCCCAGUGCUGUUAUCCAGUGGUAUAUCCUGCGUAUGUUGCACCAUUCUUUCCAUUUUCUAUUCCGUUCUACUCGGGAUAUAGUGCAGAGACCACCAAUAAGGAGACACAUGAGGUUCUUAAGCCAACAGCCGUGCAUUCAAAGAGUCCUCUCAAUGUUGAUGAGCUGAUUGGCAUGUCAAAACUCAGUCUGGGGGAAUCUAUUGGUCAUGCUGGUCCCUCUUCUCUUUCACUGAAACUACUUGAGGGGUCGUCUAGACGAUCUGCUUUCCAUGCAAAUCCAGCUUCUGGCAGUGAAAAUAUGAGUUCUGGUGGCAGUCCAAUCCAUGCUGUUUAAUGGAUAGUAUAUUUCUGAACUUCAGAUUGUAGGUUAUAUUUACGAGUUAUUGUCAAUAUACAACAAAAUAAUGUGCAGUCUGGUUUGGGUUUAUUGAUAUUUUCAUGUUAGGUCAGUCUUUUUCUCCCCACCCUUCCUGCCCUGCCUCGCCCUGGUCUCUCCUGUGUUAACUAACUUGGUUGUAACUUGUAGGCUUUAGCAUCUUCCGUUAGAAAUCGUCCAUUCCGACUCUUAAAAGAUUGUAUGUGGUUUAUCUUCAGUUUCUGGACUUGAAGCUUAUUUAUAUACUUUGUGACAUUCUAAUUCAUGCAGGAAACAGAUUUUGCAAUA